CGCAGCUCCUCCCAGGUUUAGUCCUAACUCCAGCCGGGCUGCCGCCCGAGUAAAGGUCGCUCUGGAGGAGAGAGCAGCCAGGAAACGGUGCCUCGAGUGAACAGAGAGGGGAAAGUGGGGGCGAUAAAAAAAAAAGAAAGAAAGAAAGAAGAAAAACUCUUUGCAAGCGCAGGAAGAUGGCGCCACACGGGCAGCGACUGGUGUGAGAGCCAUCGGGGCAGCGAGCCUCACAGGGAUUCGGGGAUUGACCUGGAGAGAGGGGCCGGAUCGCUGGAGCCAGGGCUGAGCUAACAGACGCGCCUCCGGGCUGGUCUGCUGCCCCGGCGGGGUCAUGUCGGUCUGCGAGCUCUACAGCCAGUUCACAAGGGUUUGGAUCCCUGAUCCUGAUGAAGUCUGGCGAUCAGCAGAGAUAGUGAAGGACUAUAAGGAGGGUGAGAAGAUUCUUCAUCUUAAACUUGAAGAUGAAACUAUCCAAGAAUACCCAGUUGAUCUCAAUACCAACCAGCUCCCCUUCUUACGAAACCCGGAUAUCCUGGUGGGAGAAAAUGACUUAACAGCUCUUAGUUAUCUUCAUGAGCCUGCAGUUUUACAUAAUUUAAAAGUCCGUUUCUUGGAGUCGAACCAUAUCUACACCUACUGUGGUAUUGUGCUUGUUGCCAUCAACCCCUAUGAACAGUUGCCAAUCUAUGGACAAGAUGUCAUCUAUGCCUACAGUGGCCAAAACAUGGGGGACAUAGACCCCCACAUCUUUGCAGUGGCAGAAGAGGCCUACAAGCAGAUGGCCAGAGAUGAAAAGAACCAGUCCAUCAUAGUAAGUGGUGAGUCAGGAGCCGGAAAGACAGUGUCAGCUAAAUACGCCAUGCGAUAUUUUGCUACAGUUGGGGGCUCUGCCAGUGAAACCAACAUUGAAGAAAAAGUCCUUGCAUCUAGCCCCAUCAUGGAGGCCAUUGGAAAUGCUAAAACCACUCGAAAUGACAACAGCAGUCGCUUUGGAAAGUACAUCCAGAUUGGAUUUGAUAAGAGACACCACAUCAUUGGGGCCAACAUGAGGACCUACCUAUUGGAAAAGUCCAGAGUUGUCUUUCAGGCAGAUGAAGAAAGAAAUUACCACAUCUUCUACCAGCUCUGUGCAGCAGCCAGCCUUCCAGAGUUUAAAGAGCUUGCACUCACAUGUGCCGAGGACUUUUUCUAUGUUUCUCAAGGAAGAGACACAUCUAUUGAAGGUGUGGAUGAUGCAGAAGACUUUGAGAAAACUAGACAAGCCUUCACUCUUCUUGGAGUGAGAGAAUCCCAUCAGAUAAGUAUUUUUAAGAUAAUUGCUUCUAUCCUGCACCUUGGAAAUGUGGAGAUUCAAGCUGAACGCGAUGGAGAUUCCUGUAGCAUAUCACCCCAGGAUGAACACCUCAGGAAUUUUUGUAGGUUGCUGGGGGUUGAGCACAGUCAGAUGCAACAUUGGCUCUGCCACCGAAAACUGGUGACCACUUCUGAGACCUACAUCAAGACCAUGUCCCUGCAGCAGGUGGUCAAUGCCAGGAAUGCCCUGGCUAAACACAUCUAUGCCCAGAUGUUCAACUGGAUUGUGGAGCAUGUCAAUAAGGCUCUGCACACCACCCUCAAGCAGCACUCCUUCAUUGGGGUCCUCGACAUCUAUGGAUUUGAAACUUUUGAGGUGAACAGCUUUGAACAGUUUUGUAUCAACUAUGCAAAUGAAAAACUCCAGCAGCAAUUCAACUGGCAUGUCUUCAAACUGGAGCAAGAAGAAUAUAUGAAGGAACAAAUCCCGUGGACCUUGAUUGAUUUUUAUGAUAACCAGCCUUGCAUUGACCUAAUAGAAGCUAAACUGGGCAUCUUGGACCUGUUGGAUGAAGAAUGCAAGGUUCCCAAAGGCACUGACCAGAAUUGGGCUCAAAAAUUGUAUGACGGGCAUUCCAGCAGCCAGCAUUUCCAGAAACCUAGAAUGUCCAAUACCUCCUUCAUUGUCCUUCAUUUUGCAGAUAAGGUAGAGUACCACUCAGAUGGAUUUCUGGAGAAAAAUAGAGAUACUGUGUAUGAAGAACAAAUCAACAUCCUGAAGGCCAGCAAGUUUCCACUGGUGGCUGAAUUAUUCCAAGAUGAUAAAGACACAGCACCUGCUACUUCUUCAUCUGGGAAGGGGGCAUCUUCAAAAAUUAGUGUCCGCUCUGCUAGACCUCCUAUGAAGGCUGCCAACAAGGAGCACAAGAAAACUGUGGGGCAUCAGUUCCGCACCUCCCUGAACCUGCUCAUGGAGACGCUGAAUGCCACAACACCCCACUAUGUCCGCUGUAUCAAGCCAAAUGAUGAGAAGCUUCCCUUCCACUUUGAUCCAAAAAGAGCAGUCCAACAACUCAGAGCCUGUGGGGUACUGGAGACCAUCCGUAUCAGUGCAGCUGGUUAUCCAUCCAGGUGGACCUAUCAUGACUUCUUCAACAGAUACAGAGUGCUCAUUAAAAAGAGGGAGCUCGCCAACACUGACAAAAAAGCCAUCUGUAAAAACGUCCUGGAGAAUCUCAUCAAGGACCCUGACGCAUUCCAGUUUGGCCGCACCAAAAUCUUUUUCCGGGCAGGCCAGGUAGCAUACUUGGAAAAACUCCGGGCAGACAAAGUCCGGGCAGCCACCCUCAUGAUCCAAAAGACCGUGCGGGGCUGGCUACAGAAAGUGAAGUACCACAGAUUGCGCGGGGCCACCCUAACUCUGCAGAGGUACACCCGGGGCUACCUUGCACGCAGGUUGGCUGAGCACCUGCGGAAAACCAAAGCAGCCAUUGUCAUCCAGAAACAGUAUCGGAUGCAGAGGGUCCGGCAAGCCUAUAGAAGGACCUAUAAGGCUACUAUCACUAUCCAGGCCUUUACCCGAGGCAUGUUUGUACGGAGAGCCUACCGCCAGAUCCUACUGGAACACAAGGCCACCAGGAUCCAGAAAAAUGCCAGGGGUUGGAUGGCCAGGAAGAGAUUUUUGCAGUUUCGGAGGGCAGCCAUUGUCAUCCAGUGUGCCUUCAGGCGCCUGAAGGCCAGGCGGGAGCUGAAGGCUCUCAAGAUUGAAGCCCGCUCUGCUGAGCACCUGAAGCGAUUGAACGUGGGCAUGGAGAACAAAGUGGUUCAGCUGCAGAGAAAGAUUGAUGAUCAGAACAAAGAAUUCAGGAGCCUGACAGAGCAGCUGUCCACGGUGACCUCUGUCCACAACAUGGAGGUGGAGAAGCUGAAGAAAGAACUGAUGAGAUACCAGGAGAGCCAGGGUGGGGAUGACAGCCAGCGGCUGAGCCUCCAGGAGGAGAUUGAGAGCCUCCGAGCAGAGCUGCAGAAAGCUCACUCAGAGAGGAAGAUACUUGAAGACAUCCACACCCAGGAGAAAGACGAGCUGACGAAGCGAGUAUUGGACCUGGAACAAGAGAAUGCGCUUUUGAAAGAUGAAAAAGAAAUGCUUAACAACCAGAUCUCGUGCCAAUCUAAAGAUGAAUUUGCCCAAAAUUCGGUAAAGGAGAAUCUGCUAAUGAAGAAGGAGCUGGAGGAGGAACGGUCACGAUACCAAAACCUUGUGAAGGAAUAUUCCCGACUGGAGCAAAGCUAUGACAACCUUCGGGAUGAGAUGACCAUCAUAAGGCAAACCCCAGGUCAUAGGCGAAAUCCUUCAAACCAGAGUAGUUUAGAAUCUGACUCGAAUUACCCAUCAGUCUCCACAUCUGAGAUCGGGGAUACUGAAGAUGCAAUCCAGCAGGUGGAGGAAAUGGGCCUGGAGAAGGCAGCUAUGGACAUGUCUGUCUUCUUGAAGCUGCAGAAGAGAGUUCGGGAGCUGGAGCAGGAAAGGAAGAAAUUGCAAACUCAGCUGGAAAAGGAGCAACAAGAAAACAAGAAAGUUCAGGUGGUUGAAACAAAGAAUGAAAUAGAUGCAGACCAAGAUACAGAUCUGGCCUACAACAGUCUGAAGAGACAAGAGCUGGAGUCAGAGAACAAAAAGCUGAAAAAUGAGCUGAACGAGCUGAGAAAGGCAGUGGCCGACCAGGCCGCGCAGAACGGCUCGGACCACGAGGUGCACGACAGCUACGCCCUCCUGCUGAACCAGCUCAAGUCAGCCAACGAGGAGCUGGAGGUCCGCAAGGAGGAGGUGCUCAUCCUCAGGGCCCAAAUCGUGAGCGCCGACCAGCGGAAGCACGGCGGCAGGAGCACGGAGCCGAACAUUAAUGCCCGGACCAGUUGGCCCAACAGUGAAAAGCAUGUGGACCAGGAAGAUGCCAUUGAAGCUUAUCAUGGGGUCUGCCAGACAAAUAGGUUGCUGGAAGCCCAGCUCCAGGCCCAGAGCCGAGAGCACGAGGAAGAGAUGGAGUCUCUGAGGAGCCAGAUUGAAACCUUGAAAGAGGAGAUGGACAAGCAGCAGCAGACCUUCUGCCAGACGCUCCUGCUGUCUCCCGAGGCCCAGGUGGAGUUUGGAGUCCAACAGGAAAUAUCCCGGCUGACCAACGAAAACCUGGACCUCAAAGAAUUGGUAGAAAAACUGGAAAAGAAUGAGAAGAAGCUGAAAAAACAAUUGAAGAUUUAUAUGAAGAAAGUCCAGGAUCUAGAAGCUGCCCAAGCAUUAGCACAGAGUGAGAGAAAGCGACAUGAACUUACCAGACAGGUCACAGUCCAGAGGAAGGAGAAGGAUUUCCAAGGGAUGUUGGAGUACUACAAAGAAGAUGAGCCCCUUCUCAUUCGGAAUCUGGUGACAGAUCUGAAACCCCAGACUCUGUCAGGCACAGUUCCAUGUCUUCCUGCCUACAUCCUCUAUAUGUGUAUCAGACAUGCAGAUUAUGUCAACGAUGACCUUAAAGUGCAUUCCCUGCUCACUUCAACCAUCAAUGGCAUCAAGAAAGUACUAAAGAAGCACAAUGAUGACUUCGAGAUGACAUCCUUUUGGUUAUCCAAUACAUGCCGCCUUCUUCAUUGCUUGAAGCAAUACAGUGGGGAUGAGGGCUUCAUGACCCAGAACACUCCCAAACAGAAUGAACACUGUCUUAAGAAUUUUGACCUCACUGAAUACCGCCAAGUCCUAAGUGAUCUCUCCAUCCAGAUUUACCAGCAGCUCAUUAAGAUAGCAGAGGGCAUGCUGCAACCGAUGAUAGUGUCUGCCAUGUUGGAAAAUGAAAGCAUUCAGGGUUUGUCUGGAGUGAAGCCAACAGGCUACAGGAAGCGGUCUUCUAGCAUGGUAGAUGGGGACAAUUCCUAUAGCCUGGAUGCCAUCAUACGCCAGAUGAAUUCCUUUCACAGUGUGAUGUGUGACCAGGGCCUGGACCCGGAGAUUGUCCAGCAGGUGUUUAAGCAGCUCUUCUAUAUGAUCAAUGCUGUGGCCCUCAACAACCUCCUCCUGAGAAAGGAUGUCUGCUCUUGGAGCACAGGCAUGCAACUCCGGUAUAACAUAAGCCAGCUGGAGGAGUGGCUUCGAGGGAAGAAUCUUCACCAGAGCGGAGCAGCAGAGACUAUGGAACCUUUGAUCCAGGCGGCACAGCUCCUGCAGUUAAAAAAGAAAACUCCUGAGGAUGCUGAGGCCAUUUGUACCUUAUGCACCUCCCUCAGUACACAGCAGAUUGUCAAAAUCCUCAAUCUUUACACUCCCCUGAAUGAAUUUGAGGAACGAGUGACAGUAGCCUUCAUACGAACAAUUCAGGCACAACUACAAGAUCGAAAUGACCCUCAGCAGCUGCUCUUAGACUUCAAGCACAUGUUCCCCGUCUUGUUCCCAUUUAACCCAUCCUCCCUGACCAUGGACUCAAUUCAUAUCCCUGCGGCUCUCAACCUGGAGUUCCUCAACGAAGUGUGAAGACCAAUGUGAUGUCUUGGCUCCAGUCCCAGUCAUUGGAUGAAAAACUUCUUUCCUACGUUAUAUAAACUUUAAUACUUUUAAAUGGGAUAAAUCUGAAAUAAAAUUAAACAUUUUCUUAAGGUGCACAUCAAACCUGGCCAGAGCUGGAUGUCACAUCUUUGCCUCCAAAUGAUGUUUAGAAGGAACAGCCUCUCUGAAGGAGUUUCAAUGAUACUCAAGGGGUGAAUCAGAUAUCAUAGAUGAAAUACUACUGAUAAAGAAUAUUUUUCCAUUUUGAACAAAUCUGUAAACUACACCUUUGUUUAUAGGAAAAUGCUUAUAAUAGUCACUGUAAUAUUCAGCUGUGGAUAAAAAUUUGUGGAAAUAAAUACUUUUGAAUAAA